GUCCAUCAACAUCAACUCAUCCCCAGCGUUAACCAGCCCAACCGCUUCGUUCGUUCAAGUCGACCGGUGUCAUCUCUAUCACACUCCAACCAACUACCCCACACGCCUCAACCGCCAACAUGCGUUUCGCCAUCUUCGCCCUCGCCGCUGGUGUCGCCGUACAGGGUCAGGUGAUCACUCAGAUCUCUGACGGUCAGAUCCAGGCUCCUCCUGCCACUGCUUCCGUUCCUGCGGUCUCCUCCGAGGUCGUCACAUCGGUCCCUGUCGUCACAUCGGUCCCUGCCGUGUCCCUGCCUUCUCCCAUUCCUUCUUCGGCAGUCGUCAGCUCUGCUCCCGCUGUCAGCUCUGUUCCCGCUGUCAGCUCCGCCGUCGCUUCCACGGUCUCCUCUGCUGCUUCGGCCGCCUCCAGCGCCCCCGUUGCCAGCUCCGCCGCGGCCUCUGGCUCUGCUUCCGGCACCGGCUCCAGCCCUGCGUCGACAGCCUCGUCCGGCGGUGCGAGCGGCAGCUCCUCGGCCAGCGUCCCCGAGUCCAGCGGCGGCGCUGCUCAGGCCGGUGUCGGCAUGCUCGCCGUUGCCGGCGCCCUCGCUGCUUUCCUGUAAGCGAGCGGUCUCGACGCGAAUCUGCCGAUGGGUGAAACCAUCAGCAGCCUCUUCCAUUCUCACGAUACAGCGGCAUGAUUGGCAAGCGCAGCGUACAGCUACACGUUUGCAUGUCUGCCCUUUGACGACCACACUCUUCGAUACACGUUCCUCUUGCAUAGUCGGUUAUGUUCGAAAAGCUGGAGUACUGAUUGCAUGACGGAUGGUAAUGGGUUUGGUGCGCAGAUGGGCGCAUUGGAUGGAAUAAUGACGGCAUGGAUCGCCACGCUAAUCGCAUGGACGUCGUGUAUACAUGGUCUUGAAAAAAUACAGACUUGGCACCGCUGGUGCUCAACAUGACUCCCAAUCCGACGUGCCAUGGAUGGGGCAACCCUCGCUGACUAUGUCUACUCUGAUACUUGAACCAUGACUUGAACCAUGACUUGAACCCCUUGGCACCACAUUCCAAGACAUUCUCGUCC